UUAAAAAAAGAAGAAAAAAAGUCCCAUUCCAAACGUCACUCGUUUGAAAGAGAGAAACUGAAAAAAUAUUGAAAAUCAAUGGAAAGUCCAGAUUUGGUACGAACUUGGAUCAACUUUCCGUCAAUCGAGAUUGACUCUGGUAAAUCCUUCCAUUUCCUUCUUCAAUUCCAAUCCAGUAAUUCUUCUCUACCAGCUCCGACAAGUCGUCAAUGGCGGCUUCUUCUUCUGCUUCUUCUUCUUCUUCUAGAUGGACGUAUGACGUCUUUCUCAGCUUCAGAGGCGAGGAUACUCGCCACACCAUCACCAACCAUCUUUACGAAGCUUUGAGGCGACAGGGCAUCGUGGUUUUCAGGGAUGACGAUGAGCUUGAGAGAGGGAAGACCAUUGCUGAAGCGCUAAUAAGAGCGAUUGAAGAAUCCAGGUCCACCAUUGUCGUUCUCUCCGAAAACUAUGCGGAUUCCAAAUGGUGCUUGAGGGAGUUGGCCAAGAUUGUCAAAUGCAAGAACACCUUAGGUCAAACGGUUCUGGUGGUUUUCUAUAAGAUUAAUUCGUCCGAUGUGAUCAGUCCCACUGGGAUAUUCGAGAAAUUCUUUCUCGAACAUGAAAGGGACUUGAAGGACAAUUUGGAAGAGGUUCAGAGCUGGAGGGACGCCAUGAGAGAAGUCGGAGGUCUACCUGGAUGGCAUGUUAACGAUGAGACUGAAACAGAGAACGUCCGAGAAAUUGUUAAGCAUGCUUUCAAUCAUCUGCGUCCUGAUUUACUUAGUAAUGAUGAGAAUUUGGUUGGCAUGAACUUGAGGUUAAGCAAGAUUAAUAUGCUUUUGGGCAUGGGGCUAGAUGAUGUGCGCUUUAUUGGGAUAUGGGGAAUGGGUGGAAUAGGGAAGAAAACUAUUGCUAGAGCUGUUUUCAAAAGUAUCGCUCGUGAAUUCCAUGGAAGCUGCUUUCUGGAGAAUGUUAGGCAAGCUUCAAAGGAUGUCGGGGGAUUAGUUUCAUUGCAGGAGAAACUUCUUUCGGCAACUCUAAUGAAAGGAAAAUUUCAUAUUGGAGGUGGUGAUGGAGCUGCAAUCAUAAAGGAAAAUCUAAGAAAUCGAAAUGUUUUUAUUGUUCUUCAUGAUGUUGAUCAUGUGAGCCAGGUGAAAGAGCUGGCAGGAGGAGAAGACUGGUUUCAUUUCGGGAGUAGAAUCRUCAUUACAACUAGAGAUGAAGGCUUGCUUGUUUCUCUUGGAGUUGAUAGGAGAUACAAUGUUGAGGGUUUAAAUGAUGAGGAGGCUCUGCAGCUCUUCUGCCAUGAAGCAUUCGGGGUGAACUUUCCUAAGAAAUGUUAUAUUGAUCUUUGUGCGAAAUUUAUAGAAUAUGCUGAGGGCCUCCCAUCAGCAAUCAAGGCUCUCGGGUCUUCCUUGCACAGUAGAACAUCAGUACAGUCGUGGGAAGAUGCAGUGGCAAAUUUAAAUGGUUCUUUAAAGAGGGGAAUAUAUGAAAACUUGAAAAUUAGUUAUGAUGCACUUGAAAUGCAAGAGAGAAGAAUUUUUCUGGAUAUUGCAUGUUUUCUUAAAGGAAGGAGCAAAGACCAAGUCAUUGACACAUUUUGGAGUUUUGGAAUUGAUGCUGCUGAUGGGCUAAAAAUUUUACAGGAGAAAUCUCUCAUAACUAUGCCUUGUGACAAAAUACAGAUGCACAAUUUACUCCAAAAACUAGGCCAAGAAAUUUUUCGUGAGGAGUCGUUGGGAAAAUGCAGUAGGUUGUGGCUUCGAAAGGAUGUCGACCUUGCUUUGAGGCAUGAUCAGGGAGUAGAUGCCAUUGAAACCAUAGUCUUGGACUUGAAUGAGCAUGGAGAGUCGUUCUUAAAUGCCAAGUUCUUUUCAGCAAUGACAGGUCUGAGAGUGUUUAGUGUUCAUAACGCGUUCCUUUUUGGAGAUCUUGAGUAUCUCUCAGAUGAGUUGAGGCUUCUCAAUUGGCGUGGAUAUCCUUUAAAGUGUUUGCCGUUUCAUUUCCAGCCCAGUGAACUAUUAGAACUCAACUUACCGAAUAGCUGCAUUGAAAAUCUUUGGGAAGGAAUAAAGAAGUUGGAUAAAUUGAAGAUAAUAAACCUUAGUAAUUCUGAGUUCUUGUCCAAGACUCCUGAUUUGUCAAUGGUGCGAAAUCUUGAGAAGUUGGUCUUGAAUGGUUGUAUAAGGCUGCAGGAGCUUCACCAAUCAGUCGGGGCUCUGAAACAUGUCAUCUUGUUGGAUCUUAAAGAUUGCAAAUCUCUCAAAAGCAUCCGUUUUAAUUUAAGUUUUGAAUCUCUCAAGAUCCUCGUUCUUUCUGGUUGUUCAAGACUCCAAAAAUUUCCAGAGGUUGUGGAAAACAUGAAACUUAUGAGAGAGCUUCAUUUAAAUGGUACUGCAAUUCGAGAAUUGCAUCACUCCAUUGGAAAACUCACUGGCCUCGUUCUGUUAGAUCUUAGAGACUGCAAAAACCUUCUUACACUUCCAAACUCGAUUGGUUACUUGACGUCCCUCAAAACUCUCACAUUGGGCGGCUGCUCAAAGCUGGAUCAGAUUCCAGAGAGCUUGGGAAACGUUUCCUGUUUAAAGAAGCUUGACGUGAGUGGUACUUCAGUUAGUUAUGCCCCGUUGUCUCUACGACUUUUGACGAACCUCGAAAUAUUCGAUUGCAAAGGCCUGUCCCGCAAAUUCUGCCAUUCAUUGUUCCCAUUUUGGAGUACGCCAAGGAAUAACAACUCACAUUCAUUUGGUUUGAAGUUGAUAACUUGCUUAUCCAAUUUUUCUUCGGUAAAGGUUCUGAUUUUUAGUGAUUGCAAGCUGCUGGAUGGUGACAUACCCAACAACCUCAGCUGCUUAUCUUCAUUGCAGUUUUUGGAUCUAAGCAGGAACCUUUUCACCAACCUGCCUGACAGUUUGUGUCAGAUUAUAGAUCUCAGAUGCCUUGUUGUGGACAACUGCAGUAAGCUCAGGUCAUUACCGAAGCUCCCGCUUGGUUUGCGUUAUGUACUCGCAAGGGAUUGUGUGUCAUUGAAAGAACACUAUAACCAAGAAGAUCACCGGCCUGUAAGCGAAAAAGACGUUAUUGUUCUUAGUUAUAGCACAUCAACUGGACACCAGAAUUCCAAAAUGCCUCAGUUAAUGCUGUCAAGUAUAUAUACGGCUUGGGAGAAUGGGGGUGAAGAUAGUAUGAGGUGCUAAACAAAACAACCGAAAGCUUUCUAUCUUCUCAAUCAACAGCUCAUGUUAUGAUUUCAUUUAAAGUAAAGAAAAACUAGAUGGGUCCCUGGCGUAAGUUUUUUCGACGACUUCUCUGCAAUAUCGUAUCAAAGAAAUCUUCUUCCACUUGACC